CAUACACAUAACAUAUUUUUUACACAUGUCAUAUUUCACAUUUUCAUCACAGGCUCAAAUAAAAAAGUUAAAAAAUUGCCUUUUCUAGAUGCAUGUCCACAAGACAGAGAAAACAGUGAAGAACCUUAGACGGAGCCGCUGUUGCAGCUGCAACAGCAAGUGCAGCAAUUACACCUUCAAACCGACCAAGAUCCGCUGUUGCAAAUAUUGCAAGUGCAGCAGCAGCAAAUGCUGCAAAAUAUCCAGCAGCAGCAGCAGGAACAGCAGCAAUAUGAUCAGUACAUCCCGCACCCUGUACAACUUUCGGAGCAGCAACCGCCGCGCGCUCAAGCGGCAGGAUAUACACCGCACCCAGUACCACACCCGCAGCCGUAUCAGCCGCACAUAUCGCAGCUGAAUGAGCUGUACGAGCCUAAGGAGCAGAACUCGUACAGAGCGAAACAGGCGCUAAUUCGCGAGUAUAGGAGGAAAAUGAAAAAGCUGCGGCGGGAAACAGCGCCAUGGCCCAGCCGCGGCCGCGGGAAUGGGAAUGGAGGCGAUCGCGGGAAUGGAAAUGGAGGCGGUCGUGGUCGCGGCUGUAGUGGCCGCAAUAUAGCUUUUUAUUUUUAA